UCAAAAUGGUGGUUCCAAGUUCAAAAGUCGCUAGUGUGUUUCGAGCUGGUCUCUUUAAAGACAAAGUUGCUGUGGUAACAGGAGGAGGAACUGGAAUAGGAAAGGCCAUAACUCUUGAACUCCUGUAUCUAGGAUGCAAGGUGAUGAUCGCUUCUCGUAAGACUGAGCGAUUGGAGAAGUCAGCUGUGGAAAUGUGCAAGCAGAUAGAUAAACAGGGACGUGGACCUGCACAGCUAAAACACAUACAGUGCAACAUUCGAAAAGAGGAUCAGGUGAAAAAUCUGAUGUCUGAAACACUUUCCGCCUUUGGUAGGAUAGACUUUCUUGUUAACAAUGGAGGAGGACAGUUCCCAAGUCCGGCCUCCAACAUCUCCCUGAAGGGCUGGAAUGCUGUGGUGGAGACCAACCUCACAGGGACGUUCCUCUGCUGCAGGGAAGUCUACAAUCAGUGGAUGCAGGAGCAUGGAGGUGUCAUCGUCAACAUCAUCGCCGACAUGUGGAAGGGCUUCCCAUCAAUGUGUCACACAGGUGCUGCCCGAUCAGCUGUAGACAAUCUCACCAAGUCGCUGGCCAUUGAGUGGGCAUCUGAUGGUGUGCGAGUGAACUCUGUAGCCCCUGGAAGUUCCAUCUUCUCAGAGACUGCUGCUGCCAACUACGGAGAUAAAAAUCUUUUUGCCCGCAACAUUCCUUUUGUGCCUGCAAAACGUCUCGGAACUACAGAGGAGAUAUCUGGGGCUGUGUGUUUCCUGUUUUCUCCGGCUGCAUCCUUCAUCUCAGGAGAGAGCCUUAAAGUGGACGCAGGAUCAAGCAUCUACCCAUCUAUGACCUGGGAAAUACCAGAGCACAAGAAACUGCCUGCAUAUCGCUGGGAUGAAGAUGAUGAUAGUAACGGAUCUCAGAACACCCCGAAGUCCAAGUUAUAACAUAUGAUCAAUAAUCUGAAAAUAAAUAUUCAGUAUUUGACAACCUGAUCUAUCUACCAGUAUCUCCCAAAAAUCAAACAGGAGGUUGUUUGUUACUGUGUCCAUGUUUAAACUGAUUUAGGCAAAGACAUCCUUCAGAAUACAUGUAUAUUAUAAUAACCGGAUAGCUCCAUGUUGAGGCAAGGGCGGUGCAUUGGCAAGGCCUUUCAAUACAUAGCGAUACACGUGUCUAUAUUGUGAUAGGUAUUAUCAUAUUUUGGGAGCUGAAGUGUGUGACAGUGAUUGACACUGAUUUUCUCUGGAACCUAACGUAGAUAUUAUCAGCACUGCCAAUUCAAAGUUAUCGAUUCAGGGGAGAUAACAAUAUGAGAGAAAUAUGUCAUUCAGUUGUGAAUCAAUUUCAGUGUAAAUUUCUGGUUAAAUGCUAAAAUAAUAAUGAAACUAGGUAUUUGUUUUUAUUUGGUAUACUUGACCCUGACAAUAUAUUGCAGUAUGUAUCAUUUGGACAGUAUUUUGCUGUAGUCCACUGUUCUUAAACACUAUGCAGCUCUUCUAUUAAUGUUUUUAAUUAGAUUUUUAGGGAUUUUUUUAAUAGAUUUACAUGAUCAAUAUGCAAGGGAAGGAAAAUACAAAGAAAUAAUUAAAAGUUUUGACAUAAUUUAGGUUAAUUUCUUUGACUCAAAUCUAAGAAUAUUUGCAAUCAAACAAAGCAAGUCUGUGAUUUUUGUUUUGCAACAAGUAAAUAGAGAUUUAUGUUUAGAAGUAAAUUAGUCUUACUUAAAACAUUGUAAAAAUAAAAUGAAAAUGGCUCUUCAGAUUUCCAACUGUGCCAAAAUCUUAGUCAUGUGUUUAUAAUUUUCAUAAUAUAAGAAUAGUAAAGGAAAAGCUUGUUACAUGCUUUGGACUGUCACAAACUUGGACUUGGAGAAACUUUCUCCUGUGUCUCAUGUGUGCUGGUGAUGAUGGGUGGUCUGGCUUUCUGAGGCACUGCCAAAACUCUAGUCAGAGUGGUAUCCCUUGAGGGCCACUGGGGUUGUCUAGUAGUUAAAGUAUUUGCUCAUCACGCCCAGAUUCAAUUCCCCACAUUGGUACAAUGUGUGAAGCCCAUUUCUGGUGUUCCAUAUUGCUGGAAUGUUGAUAAAAACAGAGGAAAACGAAACUCGUAUCCAUUGGGCAUAUCUGAAACCAAUUAUCUUGAGUUCUAUUCCAAGCGCGCCCUGACCUGAUGUAUUAACCAGGGAUAGGACAAAUUUGUCCUGAGUAUUGUUGAUAUGAUAAUAAUGUAGGUUGGUAUAAUAGACUGGAGGAUGGAAUGCCAGUGAGAUGUGUGUGUGUGCAUGUGUUUGGUGUGUGAGGGAGAGAGGGUGGGGUGGGGUGGGGGGACGUUUGGGGAGUGUGCAUGUAAGAGUUAGUGAUUAAGUCAGUUUAAAAUGUUAAAUGUGAAAUUAUGUCACAUUGAAUGGUGGCACAAUAUGACACCGUCCUGACACCAAUCUUACUGGAUCAGAGCCCCUCCCCACUAUCCCCAGGCUUUGAUUAAUGUACAGAUCAGGUAUAUUUCUAUUAUAUACUUGAGGUGAGUAAUAUCCAACUGCUGAAUGAACACAGUUUGUUCCUUGAUUUGUAUUGAAUUGUACAGACAUUGUAAUUCAAGUUAAAAUAAAUACACAAGGAUUA